AUGUUGGCUUUUAAUAACACUUUCUUUAAUUGGCCCACUUUCUCCUUCAUUGGUAUUCCUGGUCUGGAGGCUGCACAUAUAUGGAUCUCUAUCCCCUUCUGUGUCCUGUACUUCAUAGCCCUUGUGGGUAAUGCUGUUCUUCUUAUCCUAGUUAGAGCAGAGAAGAACCUUCAUGAACCUCAGUUCUAUUUUUUGGCUAUGCUAGCCCUUACUGAUCUAGGCCUUUCAUUGUCAACAAUGCCUAGUGUCUUGGCUAUCUUCUGGUUUGAUGUCCGCGACAUUGGCCUUAAUGCCUGCCUAACCCAGAUGUUCUUCAUCCACACCCUCUCCUCAGUAGAAUCAGGUGUCCUGGUGGCCAUGGCUUUUGACCGUUUGGUAGCUAUCUGUGCUCCAUUAAACUAUACCAAGAUCCUUACCCACUACACGGUUGCAUGCCUUAGUGGAGCUGCCCUCAUACGAGGUGCCACUCUCCUGGCUCCUCUGCCUUUUUUCCUUAGGACUUUUCCUUUCUGUGGGGCCAAUAUCCUCUCACACUCCUAUUGCUACUACCCAGAUAUGCUGAACUUAGCCUGUGGGGACAUUACCUUCAGCAGUGCCUAUGGAUUGGUUUUUGUUCUCUGCACAUUUGCAGUGGAUGUUGUCUUCAUCUUAGCUUCAUACAUGAAGAUCUUGGACACUAUUAUGAAGCUGGAGACUCAAGACAGAAACUGGAGGUCACUGCACACCUGUGCCUGUCACCUAUGCACGGUGCUUGUGUUCUACCUGCCCCUAAUCAGCUUGGCAGUGCUGCAUCGUUAUACCGAGGACACUUCCCCAAUUCUGUAUACCACCAUGAGUAAUGCCUACCUCCUCAUGACACCACUGCUCAACCCUCUCGUCUAUAGUCUCAAAUCCCGGCAGAUCCAGGCUGCCCUGCGCAAGCGAUUUUGGGUGCAACGUGUCAUUGCUGGGGAAUGA